AUGGAGCCCCAGUUCAGAUCGUCGGCAUCUCAGCCUCUAAACCGCCACCCAAAACACUGUUUGCAACGACGAGCCUGUAUUCGACGGAACCAAGGACGACCAGCGUCUAUCAACCUAGUAUUCGCGAUUCCUCUCGAUCCAGACGUUCAAGCAUUACUUGAUGUACGUCCACACGACCCCAACGGCUGCAAAUGGACAACAAGCAGUGAAUCACUAGCCUUCUCUAGUGAAGCCGACGAGGACCAAGUUCGGGCGGCGUUUUUAGACGAAUACAACAGUCUGGCAGAGCAGCAUGGAGUAAGAUCGAUUGUCGCUGGUGACACUACCUUUGACCCUUCACAAUGGGAAAGCAUAAUUCCCAGUCAGAAGCAUGGAUGGCUGCAUCGAAUCUUUCAUGGAGCGUCCGGCCAAUUAGCACCUAAUAGGCUGGAUCCAGCAUCACGAGCUUUGUACAAACGGAGCGUCUCAGACUUGGGGCACCUCCGCUCUAGGACAGAGAUGUACAAGCCAGUUGAUAUUCCAGACAUGGUACGGCUGACUAGGGAAAGCGUGCUACGUCUGCCUCCGGAGUACGCCCCCUUCCCGUUGGUCUUACCGACGAGCAUACGUGCCAGUGCACAUUAUAUUGCUCAGAAUGCCAAUACCCGGGGUCUAUUUCGAAUACCCGGCUCCGAAAAGGUCGUCAAAUCUCUCGUGGAGUACUACUAUUGCCACGGCUACUAUAGCACUGUUGUGUCUGGAGUCUGCCGCUCUACCUUGCCGACCCACAUUCCAUACACAAUCCACGAUGUGGCUUCCACGUUCAAGCGCUUCCUAUCCCUCAUGCCAGGAGGCAUCUUGGGAUCUUUACCACUGUUUGAAAUCUUUGUCGAAAUCCAUUCCCGGCUAAAUGGCCCAUCUGAGCUUUCAAGCACUAACCGCGACAAGGUUCGUGCACGACUUAUAGCACUCGCCAUUGAAACCAUCGAGUCACGGCUUCGGCGGCCUCUAAUUUGCGCUGUCUUUGGCUUGCUGAAUUUGAUCGGAAGAAUUGCUGAACUAUCGCCAGACUGUGACGGCCGGUCUGUCCCGGCUAAUCAUCAACUCAUGGAUUAUAAAGCUCUUGGAAUUUGUUUCGGCCCGCUGCUAAUUGGGAAUCCUUGCGAGCGCAAUACGAUGAAGUCGGCCACUUCAACCUCCGGCCUGCUUCCUUUUUCAUUGUCUUCAAAGCGGCAUCGUCGACAAAUGCUGAAAAUGAACAAAGAAUCCAAAGCUGGAUUCUCAGAAGUGAAGAAUGUCAUGCUUGCAGGUAGUGUUGCCGAGAUGCUUAUUACUUAUUGGCGAGACGUGGUUCAUGAGAUGAAUGACUUGAAUACAAGUGCUCGCCAUGCUUUGUCAUCACUACGGAUGUCUUCAUCCGUUUCUGAACCAUGCAUAACUAGCCUUCUUGUGGAUUCGGAUGUUUCUACUGUAGCAGAUUCUGAAGAUCGAGUCGAUCAAGACGACAGCCCUGAGCCGAGAACUCCUACGACAGCGCCCAGGAGGGAAAGAUCAUGGCAGUCAAGCCGAGCAAGUGGCAGAGAAUUAUCUACCAAUCUGGCCUACAUACACUUGAGCCCAACUUUGGAACAGGGCAGUCUGGAAAAAGCUUGUUCUAGCCCUGAAUUUUUUCCUACAGUACCUGCUGGUGCAAAUACUCAGCCAGCUGCGACGAGUGGCCGGAAGGCUACCCCGGUUUCUUGCUCAUUGUCUCGCUCAGGCGCCAUCCGACGAAUGGGUAGUACUCCUCUGACACAUUCGUGCAGCUUUCAAGAGACUACUGGGCUAUCAGCUGAAGAUGCUCCCGAUGGCUUUACUCAGAGUAUGUCCAUGGGUGCUAUCCCUCCGCGCAUAUCUUCCCGUGACAGCCGCCAUUUUGGGGUCUCCACAAUGUCGCCGACGUUUGAAGCUGAAUCGAAAAAUAUGAAUAAUGACCAAACAACGUUUGUAACUGUACGCGAGGAGCCUGUUGAGGAACCAAUUCACCCAACCGUUAGAUCUCCUUUGUCGGAGAGGCUGCGCGAAAGAGGAGGUGCGUUUAAGAAUCUGCUUACUCGCAAGCAGCCAAACCGCCCUUUUACUUUACAAUCUCGGCCAUUGGAGCGUGAAGCUUCCAUGAGUCGUCGUCAGUAUCGUCUCCUGCCACCACUUUUUUCAGAUGAGGAAUUGGCUGGUGACUAUGACCUGCUAGGUACCGAAGAACGACCUCGGUACCUGCAUUUCGAGGGUAAAACCCCUACGAAGCGGAGGUCUGUCAGGGCUUUGGCAGCAAUGUUUGAGGGCCAAUACGAUUCUUCUCCUCCUUUGACUCGAAAGACUUGGACAGGCGCAGAGUCAAACGAUGUUGCCGACUGGGUGGAAGGGAAUGGUCAAGAUAGGCCGACGUCUCUUUUCAUACAGAACAGCCCUCCAAAAUCUUUACGUUCGGCUACGACUCUGCAUACCCACGCCGAAGCUCCUGGGGACACUGAGACGGGUGGGGUGGCGGGUGGAAAAUACAGUCCAUCUUCAAAUACAUGGUCAAUGACUCCUCAGAAGCACGAUACACAGCACUCAUUCAGUAGCAACAGCAGCAGGCAGCGAGAUACGUCUACAGUUGCAUGUGAAAAGGGCACGCAAACCAAUAUGACUGAUGAUGAAGCAAUGCCGCAGUCGGUAUCCUCUUCUACACAAUAUAGCUUGGCGGAUCACUUGGCCGUAAUAGGGGGCGGACUAGUUUCACGUCCAAGCGGCUCUACUACUACUGCUAAAAUAGAGGAUGCAUCUCUGCCGUCGGGUGAGGAGUCGUCGGCGAGGAUGAUACUGCUCGAGGCGCAAGUGCAGCAGUUGAAAGAAUACGACAUGUCAGCGCUGCGUAAACAGCUGCAAGACGCAAACAGUGACUUGGACAAAUGGAAAGAGAGAGCCUUGGCCGCUAAGAGAAAGUCGAGGCUUUUUCAAAAGUUUACGACGAGGGUCAGACGCCUUCACGGCUCUCUCAUGAUUGAUAGCUCACGGCACAGCGGAUGUGACGAGUCGGCUGUUAUAGAGGAGAGUGAUGCGGAAGGAUCCUAUCUGAUUCAUAGCGUUCGGUUCAACAAGGCCCUUGAGGGUAUUCAGAGAGGAGGAGGAGGAGCCCAUAUCUCUGCAGACCAAGAGAUCAGAGGUGUAAAAGACGGGGAUGUCGUUGCGACGAAGAUGUUGCAGAGUUUGUAUUCCGACGUGAGUACGAUGGCGGGUUCGUCACCUGGUGAUUCUAUGACCAUGGCUACUGGUGACGGUGAAGCGCUACUACUACAGGGUAUGGAUGGUGUGGCGAGUCCCAAGGACGAUGGGGAAAUGACAAAGUUUCGGCUUGCGUUUGUGGAGCUGUGGAUGGCUGUGCAAGAGUUGUUGCGGAUGGAGGACGAGGAGGCGGCGUCGUCGUCUCAACAGUCGAGCACUUGUUUUGAGCAUGAGAGUUUUUCAGAAGAUUAG